GUGAGCAGAGUGAUUUUUAAACAACAAAGCAGGUUGCCGAGCAGAUCACACCUUAUGUGCACACCAACACAGACAUGACCACCGUAUACUGGAGCACAAACAGAGGAGUUGUUUCCUGCAGUCAUGAUGGGAUUUCUGGAUCAGUGUUGGAGGUUACAGUCAGACCAGGAGACAACAUCACCCUGUACUGUGACUGCAAAACAUCAGCUGGAGUAUACAUAGUGUGGUACAGGAACUGUUCUCAUGAGAACCAGCCUUCUCUUGUUCUAAAACUAAAUCGUCACGCAUGGAAACAAAACACUGACACUGCAGGCUUUGUGAAUCCCCUACCUCGUUUCCACUUUGUGAAGAACCAGUCCUUUGAAUCCUAUGACCUGCAGAUCAUGAAUGUUACAGGUUCUGAUGAGGGUCUUUACUACUGUGGAACUGAACAGACCAAGGUGGCGGGUGAGGACAAAAUUACUCCUCGAAAGAUUUACAGAUAUGGCUCCAUAACAACACGAAUCCUAUUAAACUCAAGUGAGCCUCAUCACCCGACACACUCACCCGACUGUGGUGUGUGCUGGAUGCUGCUGUUCUCUCUGUGUCCAGCUUGUGCAGUUCUCUCCUCUCUCCUCUCCUCUCUUCUGGUUUAUCACCUCUGUCAGAAAACAGCUAAAAAUCCUAAAGUUGAUGAGGAAAGACCUGACGCCAGAGGCCAAACAAGAGGGAAUGAGGGUGAAGAUGUGUGUUAUAGUGCACUGGAACUUCGUCAGGCAUCACAAAGACCAAAGAAGAUGAAAACCCAGAGUUCUGACUUCACCACCUAUUCUACCAUCAAUACUUCUAGAUUGUAA